GUCGGUAUAUAAAACAGUUGAGUGUGUAAGUCGGCGCACUCAGUCGAUGCGCGCCGCCGGUGCAGCCUUCACGACGACACGCUAAAAUGCACACAUUAAUAUUGGCAACGUUAGCGGCGGUGGCAACGGCCAUGCCAUCGUAUAUCGCGGUUCCCGCCGACCAGAUCGCCUUCUUAGACCUCUCCGCGCUGAGGGUCCGGCGGGUCCCGCGUCAGACCCUCACCCCACCACCACCACCCCCACAGCUGCCCCAGGCACUAUACGAACAGGAGUACCAACAAGAGUAUCACCCUGUGACCUUGCAGCAGUACCAGCAGCAACAAGUUGCACUGUCCCCUCGGGAGCAUGAAUCAGCGAGACUGGUCCGUCUCCAACCUCAAGACGUCUCGGGAGCAGCUUCUUUGGCCCCGUCUGCACGUUUAGCGGAGAGACCUCCAGAUUUUGGCGAAUACGUCGACUUUGGCGCGCACACCGGCGACAACGGCGCUUUCGGUUGGUACGCAGACUUCCCGGUCAAUAACCACGAAGAUUCAUCAGGAUAUAGGAAGUAAAUGUUAUAUACGCCACGAAUUACGUCAUUGCACGUUAGGUUUUCAUAAAAUUCAAGACUAAACAUUGAAUAGGGCAAACGAUAUUUACUUGUCCUAUCGAUUCUUACAGCGAAAACAUUGAACAAAAUAAUCAAUUAGUCGCAGACCUUAGAUUCAGUAUUUAGCGAUUUGUGGCGUAUUUCAAUUUAAAACGUAUUUCACUUGCCUAUGUUAUUACCAAAGACAGUAUUAUUUUCGAGUGAUAUUACUAGAUUAGGUUUUUUUGUUGUUUGUCUGUAGCUGAAUUACCGCACAUUUGUUAAAAACGGUACAUUCCGCUGAAUAUAAAAUAGUGCACUUGAUCAGUUCCUUUAGUUUUAAGUCGCAAAGUACACUGUGAUAAUUGUUAUAUUAUGUACUAUGGUAGUUCAAAUGCAUUCCACUGCUUGCUUUACUCCUCUUUCUUCACUGCUUUUCUGUCCUUCAAAUCAAGCUUCCUUCUAUACGUUGCACGUAUUGUAUGCGUCUUUCUUUUGUUCUAUUAUUGCUUCAUUAUCAUUUUCUUCUCUAUUGCUUUUUACGUCAUCUUUAUGUUAUUUUCAAGCUCACUCAAUCACUGCCUCUACAAUAGUAUUUAUUCAUUUCACUGUAAAAUUCACUUUCAUUAUAUUCAUUUCAACUGUUACUAAUAUCGAUGUAAUAAAAUAUAUACAUAAAUAUUCACGAAUCAUCGUUUCAUUUUGUUGCAUCAGUAAGUACUAAAUCUUCACUUUCAUACGCGAACUAUCACUUUCAUUACAUGAUGAGUUGAAUGUUAUUUUUAGUCAUAGUAAAAACAUUGCUGUAUUUUUUUUCUAACUGUACCUAUCUUUUACUGUUCACAUACAUAUAUCACAAUAUUAUAAUUGGUGGAAACUGAGACAUAUUCAUACAUUGAUCUUUCAUAUUCGCUCAUCUAUCUUUAUAUAUCUUGUAUUUCUAAAGCUCUUCUUUAACUCUAUUAUCUUUACUUGAAAAUUUCAUCAUCUUCUUCUUCUUCAUCAUCAAUCAUCAUCAUCAUCAUCAUCAUCAUCAUUUAUUCCCAAAGUUUAAUUUCACGUACAUUACUUUUAUACUUGUUCUCUAUCUCUGGUCUUACCUGUUCAUUUCUUUUACACUUAAAUCAACCUAUUAAUGUCUAUUUUAAAAUAUAUUUUCACUUCACUGAAUCUUUUCAUAAUUCUUGUAAAUUUUAAUUAUACUAUAAUAAUAUAUAUAUAAUAAUACUACCUAUACAAUCUUCACUUCUUUCCAACUACUAUGUGUAUUCAUUAUCUAAGUACCGUAUAAUUCAUACAUUCAUUACAUUACUUCAUUCUACUAUCGUCUCAUACCAUGCUCGGAACUUUUUCUAUGUACAAGCGUCUUAAAGCUGGAGACUAACAUUAAUGUAAUUUCAUUUCACUUUUAUAAAUUUCAUUGCGAAAAUCACUCAUUUUACUCUACCAAUUUACUUAUAACCUUAUCUUUUGCUACUUACUUAUUUUCUUUAUUCUUAAAUAUACAAUCUUCUUUCGUUUCUUACACACAAUGACAUGUAAUUCUCAAAUUCAUUGCAUACCACCAAAAAUUCUUACUACGGGAACUCAUUUACAUUUUCAAUCUUAUCUUUUUCUCUCUUUAUUCUCAGCUCUAUUAUUUCAUUCCAUUUCUUACUCUGAUUAUCUAUGGCCAAGUUUGGUACCCGAAAAUAAAUAAUCCUCACUUCUCGAACAUAUAUUUUUUUUCUAAUGUCUUAUAGCUAUAUCUUUAUUCUUUACUUUAUCAUUUCUAUUCUUGUUCUCAACACUCUGUUUUAAUAAUCAAUUUAGGCUCUACUUAAAUUUAUCUUGACAACAUGGGCACAUAUUCCGUUCAAUCUAUCUUUUUCUUUAUCUAUCACUAUUUUUUGUUUCGUUUCUUAACCUUAUCAUUCCUAAUAUGUACAGAUAAUGUAGGCUGUACAAAAAAAGUUUCAUUUCGUUUAAAUUUUCACUCUUAUAUAUUUCCACGUUUAUUUGUGGUCAUCUUAUAUCAUUUCUUGUAUUACUUCUUUCAUUUACUAUGUACCGAUAGCGAUUUUUGUUCAUCAUACUUAAUUUGCAUACUAAAUUUAACAUACUAUGUUAUAUAACAUUCUGCUUAUUUAUAUAGUCUAUAACUACGUAAUAUGUUCGACAACUCUCUUUCAAUUCUUAUUUUUAUUUUUCCGUCUUAUAACAUUGCUCAUUUAAUAAUAACUUCACUCAGAAAUCAAAGUAUUUAUUGCUCUUGAUAUUUUUAUUCAAACAAUGAGGCACGUGUGCAAUUUGUAUUGCGUCGUGUUCAAUAUCUUAUUCAACAUCAUUAAAAACCUUCAUCAUUAUAAUUUAUGACACAAAUAUUUCUUUUAAAUUACUAUUCAUUGUUUCUUGUUUUACUAAUAAUCAUUUAUCUUCAUUCUGCACUAUCAUCACUAUUUCCUCUUUAUUUCACUUUUUCCAGGUAUUUAAUUCUUCAUUUUUCUUUUAUAAAAGAAAUGUGAAAGAAUUUAGAUUCCUGUAUACUCUAAGUAUCCCUAUUUUCUGUUCUUAACUCAUUAUUUAUUUUUUUAACACUUCCAUAUUUUACAACUUCUUUUUAAAGUUUUUCCUGUCUUAGUUAACUAAUUUUUUUAAAUCUUUUUCAAUGUAGCUUCAAUUUCAAUAUUAUCUUAUGUCUUAAAAUUUCUUACAUUUUACCUCAUUUCAUGUAUUUUUCAUAUUAUAUUUACUUCAUCGCGUAUUCAUUUUCAUCAUUACCUAUACCUUAUCACGUAUGUCUAUCCAUUAUGAUAAUUCAAUCAUUACAUUUAUAUUUUUAGAACUUACUAUUCUAAUAUUUAUUUACUCUUUUCACUACAUAAGUACUCUUCAUUAAAAUUCUCAUAAACUUUUUAUAUUUAAAUUAGUUGCUGUAUCUGUCUCUUGUUCAUAUACCAAUUUAAUAAUGUACACUAUUGUUCUAUUUUCUAUUUAAAGUCUAUGCUUCAAUGUUGUAUUUCAACUAGUAGUUUAUAGACACAUCGUGAUGAAUGAAAUGAUUUUCUUAAUAAUUUCUUUCUUGUUCCUAAGGUGCUUUCUUGUUCAUAUUGUCCUGAUUACUAUUUCCUUUUUCUUCUAAACUGAUAUUUCUUUCACUGUACGUACUCUAUGAAUGUUUCUACAACUACUUCUUCACUCUACUCUAUUCACUCCUUUUCGACACUCUCUGUUUUCAUUUUUUAUAUUAUGCUACCUUCAACAGUAUUCGUUUAAUUAUUGAAAUCUCUCAAUACACAUCAAAGUUUAUCUUGUUUUCUACUUUCUAUCACUUACUUACAUCAAAAACAUUCCUAUAUUUUAUUUUAUUUAUAAUAUAUCUUCUAUCUUGUUAGAAUAAUGUAAGUAUUUUAUUACAAAAAAAACCUAUUUAAAUCUUUUUAUAAUGAAACAACUGUUACUAUUUCUCCUUUGAAAACUUCUGUCUAACUUACUUCUCUAGUUUCCUUUGCAUUUUUCUGAUCACAUCGUAAUGUACAUUUUCGUUCUUUUAGCUAUCAUUUUCAUAUAUAUUAUUUAUUUUGGUGUCCAACACAAUUCUUUUGUCAAAAUAAUAAAUAUACUUCUACUUGAUCCUUUAAAUUUUUACAACAAAAUGACUUUCUGCUGCCUUUUUCAUUUUCUUCUAAUUUUUUCGUCAUGAACCAUCUUUCUUCUUUACAUUCAGUUUCUUAAUAGCAAAAUUAAUUUAAAAAGUCUAUUCCUAUUUCGUCUAUGCUCUUUCACCAUCUUAUUUCCAUUCGCUCUGCUAAUAUGUAUUUUCAAUAUUUGACUUCAAACACUUACGUACUUUCUUUCACCUUUUUCUGUACACGCUUUUGUUCUGUUUAUUGUUAUGUUAGCGAAUUAUUAGGUAUCUUUCACUAUUGUUAAAAUUUCAACUAUAUCUAUCCUACUCUAUUUUUAUAACAGCAUUCUUCUCGCUCUACCAAUCUAUUAAAUACUAUUCUCCUCGUACACUGUCUAAACAUUUUAUUAUACUUGAACAUUCUUUCUUAUUUUCCAUUUAUCUCUGUAUGACUAUAUUUUUCUUUUUAU